AGAAAACUCAAAUUGUCAAAGCGUUACAUGAAAGCGGAUUAUAAGGUUCAUGUUUCAGCUAGCUCAAGCGUACCAGACCAUUGUAGGCCGUUCGCCCUUAGUUACGCUAAAGAACCUGAUCACUUGAGCUCUUGUGAUCACCAACAUGAUCAAUAUUGUGAUCGCUGUGAUUUGUUCCCCCAUGCAGUUAAAGAAAUAGAAGCAGUUAUCGAUAAGGCCAAUCUCUCGCACGAAGAAUCAGAGGAGAUGGUAUUUAUUAUUGCGCAAUCAAAGAAAAACGUAGAUGCGUGGAAAGCGCAUUUAUUGCGCUCUGUCAACCAAGACGAAGGUCGUCUAGACAUUAUGAAAAGUUUAGACAACAACUCUGUGCUUGUGGUCCUUGAUUGGGCGAUGAAGUUUGUACCACGAAAGUUCCGAGAAAGCCAAGCCGACUGGUUCGGAAAACGAGGGCUUUCCUGGCACAUCAGUGUCGCUAUUCGUCAGUCACAAAGCAAAAGUCUGGAGAUGCUGACGCUGGUACAUCUUUUCGAAAAGAGCAAUCAAGACAGCUAUUAUGUGCUAGCUAUAAUAGAUGACGUCAUCCACCAACUGAAAUGCGCUAUGCCCGAUUUGAGCUGUGUUAACCUCAGACAAGAUAACGCUGGGUGUUAUCACAGCUCACUCACAAUUCUUGGUGUUCGGCAACUGGCCGUAAAACAUAACGUGGCGGUAAGGAUGGAUUUCUCCGACCCCCAAGGCGGUAAAGGCCCAUGUGACCGCAAAGCAGCAAACAUCAAGAACCAUAUGCGGUCGUAUCUAAACUCCGGCUACGACAUAUCCAAUGCAGCACAGAUGAAAACUGCCAUAGUUGCAAAUGGUGGAGUACAAGGUGUUAGCGUGGUGCAUUGUGAAUCUCUUCAAGCUUCACAUCUGGAUUCAUUUCCGAAAUGGGAAGGCGUCAGUGCCAUAAAUGACAUUGUUUUCAAAAAUGAGGAAAUGAUGGUAUGGAGAGCAUACAAUGUUGGAAAGGGGAAGUCAAUUGCAUAUAGUGAUCUUGAUCUGCCAGAUUCAACCAAAUUGCCAACACUGUCAAAGAUUGAAGAUGCUGUACCUUCCCCUGCCUUCGUUGGUGUCAAACCUAGACGGAACAACAAAGUAAAAGGUCAACGAAUUGUGACACAAGCUACCGAUGCUGACGACGAUGACACGGACUAUGAAGCCUUGUUCACAUGCCCAGAAGAAGGGUGCAUCAAAGCGUAUCAAAAGUAUUCAUACCUCGAACGCCAUCUAGACUUUGGUAAACACCAAUAUUCACUAGAGAGAGAAUCAUUCCUCGACAAGGCUAUGUUAAAGUAUGCUGAGAACCUUGAAACCGGCGAGUCAGCUGUAGAGGGGGAAGGCGCCUCGAAUCUGACAGGUAAACUAGCGCAGGUGGCAGAAGUUUUGUCUCCUAUGGGUUGGGCUUUGAAAGGAGGGGCCACUGGACGACGCCGAUUUACAGAUCAGCAAAAGAAAUAUCUUACAGAUCUCUUUAUUCUUGGAGAACAAACUGGAAGAAAGGCUGAUCCAGACAACGUAUCCAAAGCAAUGCGAAAAGCCCGCAAUACUGAUGGUACUUUCCUUUUCCAAUCGGAUGAUUAUCUGACAUCCAAACAGAUCACAGGAUUUUUUUCUCGAUUGUCUUCCAAGAAAACCCUUCAUGAUGCUCCUGUAAGCACUAUUGACGACGAUGAUCUGGAAGAUGUUUUACCAGAAAUAGAUGAAAACCAGCUUGAACAAAUGCGAGAGGAAGUGUUCGAUGAGAUUUUAGUGAAACAUCCAAUCAUUUACGACAGUUAUAACAUCUGUGAAAUGGCCAGAGCUUCCAAUUUAUCUAAGUUCUCUAUUUCAAUGUUGCGUGAGAUCUGUAUGCACUUUGAAUUUGACAUUUCAGUUGUGAAGCAAAAACGGAAAAAANCAUAUAUUGAUAUGUUAAUAGAUCUGGUGAAGUCAUGCCAGUGUGAACAAGAAAAAUGAGCUAUUCGUGCAUUUAGCACAACUUGUAACCAACGAGAGGAAAGAACUGUAAUGAAAAAUCGAAACAAUAAAUUUAUCAUUGAGUUAUGGGUUUCCUGUGUCUAAUUAUAUGCACGUGUUGACAAGUUCGAAACCGACAUAGACGUGAUGAUGGUUUUUCCAGCUAAAAUAUCGUAAAUCUUCGCACUUUUCAAGAGUCCGAGGUAAGAUUCUCUACAGAACUAAUAAUAUAUAAGCGAACAAGCGAUUU